CUCAACUAUGGCUUCCUUCUCGUAGUGAUAGAGGCACAUCGUUGACAACAAAACAAAACUCUAACUUUAUUCAUUUAUUUGUCCACUGACACAAGUCAGAUUUACGAUGCAGAAGAUCAAGUCUCUUAUGGCCCGGCAGGGCCUGAAAAGCCCCCAAGAAAGCAUGGCAGACCUGAGUCCUGUGGAGAACCUGAGGAUACCGAGCAAGGAGGAGUUGCGGGAGCUGAGGGAGCAGCCCAUUGACCCCCAGGCUGAGCAGGAGAUCAUUGACAGCAUCGAGGAGGUCUACUUCUCGAACGACUCCUUCGACAUGGUGCAGCACGAACUGGAGAAACUUCCACCAGAGCUGAACCUGCAGGAGCUGGAGGAGUACAGAGAUAAGCUGAAGAGACAACAGGCUGCAGUUUCUAAAAAGGUCGCUGAUCUCAUUCUGGAGAAACAGCCUGCUUACGUCAAGGAACUGGAACGAGUGACGGCAUUACAGACCAACCUGCAGCUGGCAGCGGUCAUUUGCACUAAUGCAAGGAGGCAACUGAGCGUUGCAAAGGAAGGAUUCACUGAAGCCAGCUUGGGUCUAUUGGCCAAUCAGAGGCGGCGACAACUGCUGACAGGCUUGCUUAAGUCACUGAGGACCAUCAAGACCCUGCAAAGAACAGAUGUAAGACUCAGCGAAAUGCUUGAGGAGGAAGACUAUCCAGGUGCAAUCCAACUCUGUCUGGAAUGUCAAAAGGCUGCCAGCACCUUCAAACACUACAGCUGUAUCAGCGAAUUGAAUUCCAAACUACAAGACACUCUGGAGCAAAUAGAGGAGCAGCUUGAUGUCGCCCUGUCGAAGACUUGUAAGCACUUUGAUGUUUCGCACUACACCAAGGUCCAGCUGGCCUACACGCUCCUAGGCAAGACACAGACUGCUAUGGACCAGCUGCACAUGCACUUCACCCAGGCCAUCCACAACACGGUGUUCCAAGUGGUGCUGGGAUAUGUGGAGCUGUGUGCUGGCAAUGCUGAUACCAAGUUUCAGAAGAUGCAGUAUAAAGACCUGUGCACGCAUAUCACCCUGGACAGCUACAUUCCCUGUCUGACAGACCUAUGCAAAGCAUUAUGGGAGGUGAUGCUGAGCUACCACCGCACCAUGCAGUGGCAUGAGGAGCAUGACAAACAGGAGACCAGCCCCGCUCCAGAUGACGCAGCAGAGUCGGAUGAGUCGGUGGUGGACCGCAGCUAUGUGAAGAAGAAGCUGGAGCAUGGGCUGACAAGGAUCUGGCAGGAUGUCCAGUUGAAAGUGAAGGCCUACAUUCUGGGGACGGACAUGUCAAACUUCAAAUACGACGAUUUCAUAGUGGUACUUGAUGUCAUCAGCAGGUUGAUGCAGGUGGGUGAGGAGUUCUGUGGCAGUAAGUCAGAGGUCCUGCAGGAGUCCAUCAAACGCCAGAGUGUGAACUACUUUAAAAAUUACCACAGGGCGCGACUUGAAGAGCUGAGGAUGUUUCUGGAAAAUGAGACAUGGGAACUUUGCCCGGUCAAGUCUAACUUCAACAUUGCCCAGCUCCAUGAGUUUAAGUUUAUGGGCCAGUGCCGUUCUCCUUCCGUAUCGCCGAGCAGACAGGCCGCGUCCUUGACCAGCCCGGCUCAGGAGGAGCUGUCGUUGUUCCAGCAAUACCUUCAGGAGGGAAACCCCUUUGAGAUGCCUGCUGAGCACAAAGAGGAGGAGACAGAGGAUGUGCUGGCAUCUAACGGGUAUGAGUCAGACGAGCUGGAGAAGAGUGUGUAUCAAGAUUAUGACAGCGACAGUGAUGUCCCCGAGGAGCUCAAGCAGGACUACGUAGAUGAGCAAACAGGCGAUGUCCCCCUCAAGAGUGUGUCUCGAGAGACCAUAAGAAGCAAGAAAAAGUCGGAUUACAACCUCAAUAAGACCAAUGCACCGAUUCUCACAAACACCACCCUCAACGUCAUCCGGCUUGUUGGAAAGUACAUGCAGAUGAUGAACAUUCUGAAGCCAAUCGCCUUCGAUGUCAUCCACUGUGUGUCACAGCUCUUUGACUACUACCUGUAUGCUGUAUACACCUUCUUUGGACGCAAUGACAUGUAUGAGUCAUCGGGUCUGGGCCUUAUCAGCAGCAGACUGAGAACCACACUGAACCGGAUCCAGGAGAGCCUCAUUGACAUGGAGGCAGUAGGGGAGAAUGCAGGCGUCCACAGUGCAGCAGAGGACAGGAAGGAGAAAGUGCCCAGCCCUCAUCUCAGCCAACUGGUGGUCCUCACUAACAGCGGGACUCUUUAUGGGCUGGCACAGAGGGUGGUGGCCACUGAGUCCCUCGUGUUUCUGGCUGAACAGUUUGAAUCCCUCCAGUCCCACCUGGACACAAUGAUGCCUGCAGCCAAGAAGCCCUUCCUGCAGCAGUUUUAUUCCCAGACGGUGUCUACAGCCAGCGAACUUCGAAAACCAAUAUACUGGAUUGUUGCUGCCAAGGCCAUCGACUACGAACAGAUGUUGCUCAUGAUGGCAGGAGUUAAAUGGGACAUCAGGGAAAUAAUGUCGCAGCAUAAUGUUUAUGUGGACGUCCUGCUGAAGGAAUUUGAGCAAUUUAACAAGCGGCUGGGGGAUGUUUCCAGGCAUGUCCGCAUCCCGCUGCCUGUGUCCAACGUCCUGUGGGAGCACUGCAUCCGCCUGGCCAACAGGACUCUAGUAGAAGGCUAUGCUAAUGUGAAGAAAUGUAGCAAUGAGGGUCGGGCCCUGAUGCAGCUGGACUUCCAACAGUUCCUCAUGAAGCUGGAGAAGCUGACCGACCUGCGACCCAUCCCCGAUAAAGAGUUUGUCGAAACUUACAUCAAGGCCUAUUACCUGACAGAGAAUGACAUGGAGCAGUUUAUCAAGAAUCACAGGGAAUACUCCAUGAAGCAGCUGGCCAACUUGGUGAAUGUUUGUUUGGGUUCACAUAUAAACAAGAAGGCUCGUCAGAAACUCCUGGCGGCCAUUGACGACAUUGACAGACCCAAGAGAUAGGCUGAUGAACGAUGAGUGGACUCUCCACUGAGACGGACACUCCAAAAAGGAGGAACUUCCCACAGCGGAGCUCCGCGUAGAAUGUCUGUAUUUGCAGUUUAGAGCGUACAUGUUGUGGUGUGUUCAACGAGCUGUACAGCACAUACAGAAGUAGAGCUACUGUAUGCUGCAAUUUAACACUCAAAUGUUAGCCAAAUGCUCAUUAUCUGUUGAUGUACAACCCUGACAACAUAUAUCACUUGUGAUAUUCUGAUGACCAUAAAUACUAAUACUUUCACUCUCAAGCAUGCAGCAGUUACUUGAUGCAUUACAGUAGGAAUACCAUCUUGCAUGCACUCACAUUUCCAUUUAACAAACAUAGUGCAUAUAAAAUUUUUCUGCAAAUUGUCCGCAACCACAACAGUUUCAGUCUUUUCAGUGACAAUGUGGAACAGAUCUUGAGUUUCACUUAAGCAACUACAAAUACAGGAUCUAAGGCCCUGUUUACACCUGAUAUUAAUAUGCUUCCCGAGUGAUCGGAUCACAUGUGGACAGCAAUAGGUACAGGUGUGAAUGCACUCAAUACGUCCUCAAUAAGUCUUAAGAUCUAAUCACUUGGAACACAUUCGCAGGUGGUCUGGGCCACAUAUGGCCUCAUUCUUUCAGCAGUGUAGCAGUGUCCUUGGCCACAUUAAAGAAACACCGACUCGUCUGAAGUCUUUGCUUAAGAAAACUUUCUGUUGCUGCAGUUAGACAGACGCAGAGCUGAGGGAGCGUCUCUGGAGCCAGUAUCUUUCCAGCAAACCGUCAGUUUAGUGUCUGCUCAGUUAGCACGAGCUAACAAAGCAGCAGCAGCUGUUAAACAGUCCCAACAGACUCACGCCAACAGUGAAACAGCUCUAAUCUGUUGUUAAUCUUGUUAAUAGCUAAAAAGAAACAUUAGCUGUAUGUUGCUAACUGUUAGGCCUGUGGCCAGGUGGACUUUUACUAGCUGUUCCCGGCACAGCGCUUGCACUCCUGCAGCAGUGGUCUACUAGCAGAGGGAGAGCAUAUGGUACAAUCAACCUCUGGCUGAUUAAAUACAAAAACUCAUUUGGUCUUUGCAAAUAAAAAUGAUUCACAGGUUUAAGUGCAGACAGAGCAGGGAAGUGAGAUCCAAUCAUCAAUGGUCUCUUGAGAUUCAUGUGGAGACACAUCACAUUCUAAUGCCAAAUGUGAACAGGCCAGACUUAGAGCUGUCCGCCUUGAUCGGAUCACCUAAGAGGCAUGUAAACACCAGGUGUAAACAGGUGCUAACAUUGUAACGUGAAGUGUAGCUUUAUGGCCGUUAACAGCAUUCCAUCUGUUUCCACCAAACAUGAUCAAUUUCUGAUACAGCUCCAACUUUGAGAUUAAAUGUGAUUUAUGAAUUUGUCAGCUGCAUAAUGUCGUAAAGUUUUGUGAUAAAUACGUCCCAAUUACAGACUCAAGAAGAGUGUGCAGAAGUUGAAAACCUCCGCUAUCUGAUUUAAAGCUUUGUCACAUAAUUGAAUGUUCCCCACAGAUGGAGACUCCGCAGUUUUGGAUUAUUGCUCAUUUUUUUGUUGUGAAUUAUUUCCGCAGCCCAUAUGUUCCCUGUAUAUUAUUUCACUUCAGGGUAUUUGUUGUGCCUGAUUAGGUGCUCUGCUUCUUUGUUUUGUUUGUUUUGUCUACUAAUUACAUAAAUCUAAUAUAAUGAUGAUUCUGAAAAUAAUAUAAAUUGUUGUAGUUAGCGUUAACUUUGUGUUUAUCUGCACUAGCUGCAUUUGUUCGUCAUAUCUGAGGAGUUUUUUGAGAGCCUGUCUUUGAAUUCAGUCUGGCAUUCUUGCUUUGUAAGUUUGUUUCAGUCAGGUACUGUUUAUGUGAUUUCUCAUGAGUUAGUAGUUCAGCUGUUAACUUCGAGAGCUGUCCUCCAAAGCUUGAAGGCUCUCCACCUCCUCCCACCUCCAUUAAUUUAACUUGACCAUACCUGCUGCGGGCAGAUUGAUAUACUGCCAACAGGAGGUUAAAACAUGAAGUUACAGUUUUUGAUAUGGCUUCAAAUUUUGUGUGCAGCUGUUCUAAGAAGAAUACUGUAAAUGUGAAUGUUUUGGACAACGUCUGUAUUUAUUUCUUGCUUUGUGUCUCGUUUGGGUUUUUAUAUGAUAAUUGCUGAAAGUGUGCUUGUCAUUUAUCACCACUCAGUAUCUUGUAACUUAUCAGCUGAAUACAAAUAUUUUAACAAUGUCAAAUUAUGUUAAGGGUCAAGUGCACUAUAGUGAAAAUCAGUAAUCGAUGUUUGAACUGUAGGUUGAACCAAAAUUAUUCUAACAUAAUAAACACACUAACAAUGGACUCUGUUAUUUUGACCCACUUCCUUACUGUGCCAUUAAUAAACUGCAUAAUCUAUAACUCA